CCACCGUGAACUAGUGCUUGACAACGCUUGUUGUUUUCUCUACCUACUUUCUAUAUUGUGCUGUAGGCUUAUCAUCAAUUGAACUAAGACAUAAACAACCUCAUUAAAGCAGUUAUCAAUUGUUAUGGCAUCUAAGCGUUGUAUAUGUGAGAUUUGCACUUGUGGGCGUCACAAAUGUCCCCACAACCCAACAAACCAUCUGUCACAAGGCGAAGGCCCGUGCAGACUCACAGAGUACAAAAAUGUGUACAAGCCCCAUCCUCUUGGCAUGAGAGAGAACUUCAAGCCUAACCAGCAGCCCAUUCAUGGUGGAGAAUUUCAGGACAAAACUACACAGAGGACGGACUACCAUGCCCACCCUCUGGAGCGUCCGUUCGUGCACAAGCAUGACCAGUAUGUCAAGCCACAAGGGGACAUGGAGAAUAUGACCUCAUACAAACAGGAAUAUGUUGAGAAACAUGCGCCACCAGCAAAAGCAAUAAGGAACGAUGGGCAGAGAAUGAUUCCAGCAAAAUUUGAAGGAGAACCGACAUACAGAAGCGACUACAAGAAAUGGGAUGGUUCCAGGCCACAGCCCUAUGGAAUGCAGGCUGCCUGGGAACCACCGAAGUCUAAGUUCGAGGGGCAGACAACAUUCCAGACAGACUACCGAAGCAAAGAGCUCGCCCCACGACAAAGCUUCAAGCCUUCAGAUGCCGCAAAAAUGUCUGACACGCCUUUUGAGGACCGUACCAGUCACAGAGACGCUUAUAUUCAGCAUGCCAUGCCUGCAAGGUACCAGAGGGAGAGGGAGCAAUACCGCCCAACUGAAGCACAGUUUGAUGGCCUGAGCACCUUCAGGAGGGACUACAAGGGCGCUUUGGGUGAGCACACUGCCAGCUUUAAGCCCGCGGGUCAGGCGUUCCAGUCUGAAGCCCCGUUUGAAGACUCCACCACCAAUAGACAUGACUUCAAGAAGUGGCCAAUGGAGCGACCCUUUGUUCACGCCCACGAACCCUACCAGAAGCCUGCUGGUGAAAUGGAGAUGAGUACGACCCAUAAGUCCACCUACAGGGAGAUGCCCAUAGACCGCGUGGUUGCUAGGAGACCAGCCUCUGUCAAGCAGUCCAGUGCACCAUUUGAUGGAACUACCAACUACAACUCUGACUACAGAAAGUGGAAUGGAGAACGGGCACAGGCGCCCAGGCAGCCUGACUACAUUCCAAACAAUGCUCCGUUCGAAGGCAAUUCGACCUACAAAGGUCACUAUGUCCCACACCAGAUGCAGCCGGUCCACUCAUUCCGCCCAGACAACAAUGGGUUCCGCAGCGACGCCCAGUUUGAUGACCACACCAUGUACCGCCAGGACUACACCGCGAAACCUAUUGAGGUCUGUGAGGCUGCUGUUAUAGACAAGCCGACCUCACGGUUCCGCUUCGCUGAGCUCGAUAAUCGCGGCCACAGGCAGUACGCUCCCAUUCAGACGACGAUAACCCCUCUGCAACCCCGAAGCCCCAUGCAAUCCCAGCAAAGGCUAGCUUUGGGAGUGGCAUAAGCAAGACUCUUACAUGAAGGUUUUAUCAAUUAGGUCUAUUUUUGUGAUAGCAUCAUAGUAAAUGCAGUUACUGAGGGUCGAAUGGAAGGAAGACUUAUUGGUAAGAAUAAUUGAUUUCUUAAAUUACAUGUUUUGGUAAAAUUUUUGCAGUUUGAUACCAUUUAAAGUGCCAAAGUGUGCGUAAAUUGCAUACAACAAUUUCGCUUUCAUUACAAUGUGUAUGUUUUCUAGUGAAAGAUUGAAUAUCAAGUACCCAAGUGUAUCUUUACUGCAAUGCCUUUCAACAUUUUGCAAUCUUUCGAUACUAAGGUAUUGCUCUUAAACUUCUGAUAUUUUGAUACAUUCCCAAAAUUUUUACGUAGUUUUUAUAUUGACAUGCCAUGGUGUACUUAUCAAUUAUCCGUCCAUAUUGCACAUAACUGCUGAGCAAAUAACUGGUACUCAUUCUUUGAGUACAAAAAUAUAAUGUGCUUUAUUUUAUAUUUAUAGUUCACCAGUAGUUUGCUUUUUUCAGAUAUGCUUAUAAAUGCUUAUUAUUGUAUUGUAUUUAAAAAAAAACCAGCCAAAUACAGUGCUAAAUGCCAAUUACUGUAACCAAACUGUUUUCUUUCCAUUAAUUGUUAUUGUAUUUUGUCUUUUUUAUGUUAGGGUCCCUCAUCCUUAAUUACGUUACAAUAAUCAUUCAGCAUUAUUUUUGACCAAUGUCCAGAAUCAAGUGAAUGCCCAUGGAUUAAUGUGAUAUCUUUUUGUUUGCGAUAGACACAAAUUGUAAGUCCAUGAAGGUGUUUAAUGAAUAUGUUUUAUGCUUCAUAUUUUAAAAUCAUGUUAACUGAUGUAUUAUAAAAUCAUAAACUGCAUAUAUUUUACAGUUACACAUCAGGUGUUUGGGGGGUGGGGCAUUCAUUUGUAUGUCUAUAUGUAUGACACCAAUCAUGGGACCCAUCCUAAGGGUUGGUUGUUCUGUUUUAAUUGAUUUUUUAUUUAUUUAUUAGUGGAUUGUUUUUAUUUUUUGAAGUUUAAUGGUUUGUGAGGUGAAAAAUUGUAAUUGUCUAUUUUUGCAUAAACUAACGGUUUUGCUGUACAGUUUGAAAACCUGGGAGCUGUGGUCAAGUGGUGGGACACUGGCCUAGGAAUCAGUAGGUCCGAGCUGUGGUCAAGUGGUGGGACACUGGCCUAGGAAUCAGUAGGUCCCAGAGCUGUGGUCAAGUGGUGGGACACUGGCCUAGGAAUCAGUAGGUCCAGAGCUGUGGUCAAGUGGUGGGACACUGGCCUAGGAAUCAGUAGGUCCCAGAGCUGUGGUCAAGUGGUGGGACACUGGCCUAGGAAUCAGUAGGUCCCAGAUUGUAAUCCCAAUGAGACCAAUUGCAUUUCUGACCACACAAAUAAUCCCAUCACACUUUCCCCACACUGCAAUGUGUGACUUUGGCAAAUUUAACCAUAUGGUUUACAUAAUAAGGCAACAUUAUUAUUUUUAUUUUUUAUUUUCUUUCUUAAAACACAAUAAAUUUUUAAUCAGAAUGAUUUUAGAUGUAGGAUUAUUGUUUUGUUUGUUAUAUUUAGAUUUAUUUUUGUCUACUGUUUUUGUUAUAUGAAAUUUUAACAUGGAAUAAAUCCUGUUACUCUCUUGAGCCAAAUCUGUGAUACAAAACUAAACAGCACAUAGUUUAUUUAGCUAGUCUGAAUCUUUUUGUUAACCCUUUGCAUGCUGGGAAAUGUUUAGUCUGCUAAAAUGUCGUCUGCUGAAUUUCUAAAAUUAGUAUUUUCUUUGAUUUUUUUUCAAAGAAUACUAUCAGAAUAGCAAACAGUUUGGAUCCAGAUGAGACGCCACAUUCUGUGGCGUCUCAUCUGGAUCCAAACUGUUUGCAAAGGCCUUUAAAAUUCGGUUCUCGCCCUGAAAGGGUUAAGGAUUUUAUACAUGUAUGAAUGUUUGCAUACCAUUAAUCUUGACUUUACUAAUAAAUGUUAUAAAUGCACUGCAGCACAGCAACUAAGCUUCCACAAAAAAUAUUUUCUUCUUUGGUAGAAAAUGUAUUAGUUUCCUCUAAUUUUCAGAAGCAAUUCUAAUAAAACUGUAGGGUGACAAUGUGCUUUAGUGGCAAUGUCUAAUUCACUAGUAGUGCAUAGGGAUUUUAUGAAUGGUAAUGUAUCAGCCAUAGUCACGCUUAUAAGUAACCCAUUUCUCACGCUUUUAUCUGUACAUAAUCUAUGAUUCAUAGAAGAAACAGGGCACAAUACUGCAGGCAUCAUUAGUUGUGAUUUUUUCUGUUUUUCUUGUAAACUCAAAUAUCUCUAGAAUGCACAGUUUCUUUUUGUUGCUUUAAUAUAGCAUUAAACUUUGGAGUGCUUACUGGUUUUAUAUUUCAAUCGAAAUAAAAUUAUUUGUUUUACAAAAUAAGCUUUCAAAAAAGUUAUCAUACUUUUUUAAAAGAUUUGAUAAACAGUUCUUAAAUGCACAUUUACUUUCUGAUUUUUAUUUAAACUGGCAAGAAAGAACAAUUCUGUACUAAAUUUAUCACUGUUUUUUUUUAAAAGGUGCCAUAUUUGCUUAAUACUUAAAAUUGUUCCAAUUUCUUGCAGUUCUUGUUAUAAAAAAAAAUACUUCAGAAUUUUUCUGACAUUACAAAUUUGAAAAUACCAGGUAAAUAAUGCAUUCUGAGUUGAUACAAUAUGUGACAAAUACUAUGUGAACCUUAAACAUGAAAGUAAGCUUAACACUUUGCAUGCAAGGAAAUUUGUCGUAUGCUAAAAUGUCGUCUGCUGAAUUUCUAAAAUUAGCAUUUUCUUCGAUUUUUUUUCAAAGGAAACUAACAGAAUAGCAAACAGUUGUGAUCCUGAUGAGACGCCACGUUCUGUGGCGUCUCAUCUGGAUCCAAACUGUUUGCUUAGGCUUUCAAAAUUCGGUUCCAGCACUGAAAGAGUUAGGUCAUAUGUACAACAUUGCUUGAACCAAUGUGAUAAGUGUGGUACAUGUAUUGUCAACGUAAUCAGUGAUGUAUGUUUAAUUUAUUUACAGAACAUUAAGAAUAAUUUAAAAUGCUGUUUUGUAUUGAUUUUGUGUUAUUUUUGUGGAUUUUUAAAGAGUUUUAUAUCAAUUAUAUAUUUGUUAGGACAGAUUAUUUGUAAAGAAACGAUUUAUUAUGUUAAUAGAUAAUGCAUGUUUUAUAGUCCCUGUAUAGCCUUUAUAUGCCUUUUAUGUCUGAUUUUCUGUCUUUGUAGAUAAAAUAAAGGAGUAUUUAUUCAA